AUGAACGCUCCUUCGCGAUACGAUCAAUUCGUCUUGGCCGAUGGCGAGCCGAGGUGGGUUGAUAGCGGUGUUAUCAUGCGAUGCGUUGUUCGCCGCACUGAUGAGAACGUCCACUUGAUGCAGGCUCGUCGUCGAUGAAGACACCAAGAUUCCCAACGCGGCGACGGUGACCAUCAACAAGCAGGACCACACCUUGGCCAACAUGCUCCGAGCGUCAGUCCAAUGUAUUCAAGCCUACACCACCUCUCAGACGAUCCUGACGCUCACUGCUUCCUCUCUGAUCCCCCACAGACAACUGUUGUCGUUUUCCUACGUGACCUUUGCCGGCUACCGAGUGCCGCACCCGCUCGAGCCCAAGGUCGUGCUCAAGAUCCAAACCGACGGGUCGGCCUCGCCGCUCGAAGCGAUCGGGGACGCCGUGCAAGCCAUCAUCGUCAUCCUCGCCAAGAUGAAGGAGCAGUUUGGUCAAGAGCUGAUCAAGGCGCGUGCGUUGGGCACGAAUGACGAGGGGGACUUCUAUGGCGGUGGGAUGGAAGGUGUCGAGGCCCAGGCUGGGUUCCUCUGA